AAACAAAACCUCUCUAUCAUCCCUUGACAGUCGCAGUACAAGUCGCUGCUGGUGUCAGACAGAACUACCGCAGAGGAGGUGGUUGAGUUACUCCUUAACUGCUGUAAUACUCCUGAUAACAAGUGCUACUACGCUAUCCAUGAGGUUCGCCGCAGCCCAGACUACAACGACCGCAUGAUCCUACCGCAGGAGAGACCUCUGGAGGUGAAGGCACAGUGGCCAAGGGAUCGUCAGGCAGAGUUUGUCUUCGUGUUGAGGAGGAACAUGUCCCAGGCUCUGUCCCUUCGUCGGCUUUCCCUAAGAACUGGUGAUACGAAGAGACCAACUGUUGCUGGGAGCCAAGGGGAACAAACACAUUUUUCCCCAAGACUACAAUGGUCCCAGUGGCUAGGAACAUCAUGGCUACCUCCUCCUCCAAGCCAGAAGACCGCAAAGACACAAGACCGCAUAAAUGUCCUCAUCAUUGAAGAGGCGGUGAUUGACUGUACUGAUGUUACCCCCAAAAUGACGACGAUCAACAGAACGGCGACCCAAGGUUGUAAAGGAGCUCUAGAGGUGUUUAAUGGCACAACCUCCACAAGCGCCAUUAACUCACAGCUCCACCAUAACACCAGUACAAGAGAUUCAUCGACAAACACGGACAGGAAGACUUGGUCCAACACAAGCACCCAGACCAACGUAUCAAAGAAGUUCCCGAGGUCUGCUUCACUCCCCAGAGACCAGAAUCCCUCACGAGACCGACAGACCGAAGAUUAUCUCACACACAGUGAAAAAUGACCCAGUAAAGCUAUCUUCGGUCCCUAUGGUUUGCCACGCGGUCGACAAAGUGAAGUAAAGAUUGUUAACUCAGAUAAGAAGUAUUGUAUGGAGGUGAGGCGGUGUGUAGUGGAGGUACACAAUGAUGGUGAGAGGCUACCGUCACGCAGUCCCCGGUGUGUGAAUGAUGGGUCCUCAGUGAGUGCCAGUCCCCAGGUGAAUGACAGUCCCCUAGUGAAUGAAAGUCUAUCAAGUGACAGUCCCAUAGUGAAUAGCAGUCUCCGAGUGAGUGACAGUCCCCAGCAGGUGAAUGACAGUGCCCUUGUUAGUGACAGCCCCUUAGUGAGUGAUGGCCCCAAUGAGUAACAGUCCUCACACCUCCUCCCAGCCACAGGUCCCUAUGUUAACUGGUGCAGCCCUUACCAACGAGUCCACCACAAUGACAUCAAACACGUAUGUCAGCACAACUGUCAGCAUUGCUUUUACAUAUGAAAGUGAACCCUAAGGUGUGUAUAUACUGUACAGUUGUGUCAGCCCUUCCUUUGACUUGUACUUAAAACUUGUGAAUAAUUUUAUAAGUGUGUUUUGAGUGUGACUUAAGAAUCCCCUAGAACAAUGCUAAGUAAUUAUGACUGUGUUAAAGAGUGAAAUACAUAUUGCACUGAUCCACAGGUGUUAAAAAAGUGUAAACAUUAAUUAACACAUUUCCCAAGAUGUUAAGAAACGGCAAACACUUUAAUUAUCACAUAUUUAGAAAACUCUGAAGACUCCAUGUACUGUGUUAGCUAAUCCAUACACACAUCAAAACAUAACUUUGAUGUGUAUAAUGAUGAUGGCGUGAUAUACAAACUAUGUAUAUAUAUAUGAAUGAAUGGAAAAAUAUGUAUUAUACUUAUCUGAUGAAGUAUGUAUAUUCAGUAUUAAAAAUUGUAUGAGUUACGUGUUUUAUACAUAAGAAAGUUACUGUGAAUAUGUAUAUUUAUGUACUAUUUCAGGUGGGUCUUGUAAAAUAUUAUUCUUUAUUUACUUAAAAGCUUUAAAAUAUAUAAACACUUAAUUUAGUUACUUAAGAACCAUAAGUAUUAAAUUGAGGAGAUAGUCUUUUGUUACUUUAUAUUAGAAAA